CCCAGUCUCCAAGGCAACGUGUUCAACAGUUCCAGUGCUGCGGGCGUCCGGAGUCCCCCGGGCGCCCACCGGUCGGCAUGUGCGCGGCGGAGGUGGACCGUCACGUAGCCCAGCGAUACUGGCUCAAGCGGCGGCUGGGGAAGGGGGCCUACGGCAUUGUGUGGAAGGCAGUGGACAGGAGGACCGGUGAGGUCGUGGCCAUCAAGAAAAUCUUUGACGCCUUUAGGGAUAAGACGGAUGCCCAGAGAACGUUCCGGGAAAUCGUGCUGCUCCAGGAACUUGGGGACCAUCCCAACAUCAUCCGCCUCCUGGACGUGAUCCCGGCGGAGAAUGACAGGGACAUUUACCUGGUGUUUGAGCCCAUGGACACGGACCUGAGCGCCGUCAUCGGCAAGGGCAGACUGCUCCAGGACGUCCACAAGCGCUUCAUCACCUACCAGCUCCUGCGGGCCACCAAGUUCAUCCACUCGGGAGGCAUCAUCCAUCGGGACCAGAAGCCGUCCAACAUUCUCCUGGACGCCAGCUGCUUGGUGAAACUCUGUGACUUUGGUCUCGCCCGCCCCCUUGGAGGCCUCCGUGAGGGGCCUGAGGGCCCGGCCCUGACAGAUUACGUGGCCACACGCUGGUACCGGGCUCCAGAGCUGCUGCUGUCCUCGAGCUGGUACACCCCUGGGGUGGACAUGUGGAGUGUGGGCUGCGUCCUGGGGGAGAUGCUCUGCGGGAGGCCCCUGUUCCCAGGCACGUCCACGCUGCACCAGCUGCAGCUGAUCCUGAAGACCAUCCCGCCUCCCUCCGAGGAGGACCUCCUGGCUCUCGGCUCAAGCUACAGCGCCUGGAUCCUGCCCUGCCUGGGGUCCCGGCCACGGCAGACGCUGGACGCCCUCCUGCCACCAGAAACACCCCUGGAGGCCCUGGAUCUCCUCAAGGGACUCCUGGUAUUUGCCCCAGACAAGCGGCUUAGCGCCGCGCAGGCACUGCAGCACCCCUACGUGCAGAGGUUCCAUUGCCCUGCCCGAGAGUGGACAAUGGAUUCGACUGUGCGGCUCCCGGUGUUGGAAGGAGCUCAGCUCUCGGCCCCCGAGUAUCGCAGCCGCGUCUAUCAGACGAUCCUGGAGCGCAGGGGCAACAGCCAUGUCCCGAGAGAGAAAGGCCUGGGAGGCACGUCGCCGGGGGCGGAGCCCGGUGUCGCGCGGCCCCCUGCGCCCCCGCCCUCACCCGGAGCCGUCCCUCAGCUGCCCCCGGGCUCCGUGUCACAGAGGCCCGGACGCAGACCUCCGAGCAGCCUGGGUCACCAGGCCGCGUCCGACCCCGCAGACGUUCCCCGCGGAGCCAAGAACCUUCCCCCGCAGAGCGCGGCGCCCCUGGUCCAGCCCCGCCCUCCAGGGGGUCUCGGGAAGGCGGAAAGGCCCCCUGGGGCGACGGCAGAGGCCCCCUCGGCACCCUUGUCGGUGAAGCCCAGCGUGAAGGGGGCGGCGCCCUCCCUGGCCUCGCAGGCUGCCGCCCGGGUGGCCGUCCAGGCCCUGAUCCGGAGCGACUGGAAUCCCGGCCGUGGGGUGAGGGCGACCGGCGCGCGACAGGUCCCUCGAGGCCUCCCCGCGGAUGCGCUGCCCGGGCCCCGGCCCGGCCGGAGGAUGUUCGGCGCCUCGGCCUGGCAGGGGGCCCAGGGCGCCGCGAGGGCCGCGCUCGGGGGCUAUUCUCAAGCCUACGGUACCGUCUGCCACUCGGCGCUGGGCCGCCUGUCUCUGCUUCCUGGGCCCCGCGCUUAAGCCGCCUGCCAGCCUCCAGUCUAGCACCCGUACUCAGCCCGCACCCCGCGCCCAGCCCUGGAUUUGCCCCCAGUGCCCUGUGCUCCCCACUCCCC